UUGAGAUUGAGCUGAAACAUUUCCAAAGAAAGGCGUUUGGCUAAGGAGCCAUGGAGCUGGGAGAGGAGAGCCCUCAGCAUGUAAGGCAAGUGCUGCUUUUCUUUGUUUUCCUGGGAGGGUCUUUGGUGUGUUCAGAGACCAGGCGCUAUUCUGUCGCAGAGGAAACGGAGACCGGAUCCUUUAUAGCCAGCUUGGUGGAAGACAUAGGUUCAGGGGUGGAAGACCUGGCUGUGCGGGGCGCUAGAGUCAUCUUUGACGACUAUAAAUCAUACUUGUGGUUGGAUCCGCAGACUGGCAACUUGCUUUUAAAUGAGGAAUUGGACCGGGAAGCACUUUGCGAUCUCACGGAGCCAUGUAUAUUGCAUUUCCAGGUGUUACUGGAAAAUCCUUUGCAAUUUUUUCAGGCUGAGCUUUGGGUUAAAGACAUAAAUGAUCACACUCCCACGUUCCUAGAUGAAGAUAUACUUCUGAAAAUCUCGGAAGUUACUGCUCCAGGAACCUCAUUCCAAAUGGAGAGUGCUCAGGAUUUGGAUGUAGGAAAGAAUGGUGUCCAAAACUACACAUUAAGUCCCAAUCCUCAUUUCCACCUUAAGUUACAACACAGUGAUGAGGGCAGAAAAUACCCGGAGCUGGUACUGGACCAAUCUCUGGAUCGAGAAAAGGAGCCUGAGAUUAGAUUAACGCUAACAGCCUUGGAUGGAGGGUCUCCGCCCAGGUCUGGAACAGCAGUGGUUCGUGUUUUGGUUUUGGAUAUCAAUGACAAUGCACCGGAGUUUGAGAGGCCUGUCUAUGAGGUUCAGGUACCAGAGAACAGCCCUCUGGACUCCUUAGUCAUCAAGGUGUCUGCUACAGAUUUAGACGCAGGAAUAAAUGGAGAACUAACUUACUCAUUUUCCCACGUCUCCAAAGACACACGGAAAACAUUUGAAAUCCAUCCAAUUUCUGGCGAAGUCCACUUAAAAGCGCUUCUGGAUUUUGAGUUAGUUCAGUCUUAUACAAUAAACAUUCAGGCCAUUGACGGUGGGAGUCUCUCAGGAAAAUCAGCAAUUUUGGUUCGGGUUGUAGAUGUGAACGACAACCCACCGGAAAUAGUCAUAACAUCUCUUACCAGCCCCAUACCAGAAAAUUCCUCGCCUGAAAUGGUGGUCGCUGUUUUUAGCUUACGAGACCAAGACUCUGGAGAUAACGGGAAGAUGGUUUGCUCAAUUCAGGACCAUCUCCCCUUUCUCUUGAAGCCUACUUUUAAGAACUUCUACACCCUGGUAACAGAACGGCCAUUGGACCGAGAGACCAGUACUGAGUACAACAUCACCAUCACCGUCACCGACAUGGGGACCCCCAGGCUAAAAACCCAGCACAACAUAACCCUGCUGGUCUCCGACGUCAACGACAACGCCCCCGCCUUCACCCAAACCUCCUACACCCUGUUCCUCCGCGAGAACAACAGCCCCGCCCUGCACAUCGGCAGCGUCAGCGCCACAGACAGAGACGCGGGCGCCAACGCCCAGGUCACCUACUCGCUGCUGCCGCCCCACGACCCGCAGCUGCCCCUGGCCUCGCUCGUGUCCAUCAACGCGGACAACGGCCACCUGUUCGCCCUGAGGGCGCUGGACUUCGAGGCCCUGCGGGCGUUCGAGUUCGGCGUGGGCGCCACGGACCGCGGGUCGCCCGCGCUGAGCAGCCAGGCGCUGGUGCGCGUGCAGGUGCUGGACGCCAACGACAACUCGCCCUUCGUGCUGUACCCGCUGCAGAACGGCUCUGCGCCCUGCACCGAGCUGGUGCCCAGGGCGGCCGAGCCGGGCUACCUGGUGAGCAAGGUGGUGGCGGUGGACGCAGACUCGGGCCAGAACGCCUGGCUGUCGUACCAGCUGCUCCGGGCCACGGAGCCCGGGCUGUUCGGCGUGUGGGCGCACAAUGGCGAGGUGCGCACGGCGCGGCUGCUGGGCGAGCGCGACGCGGCCAAGCACAGGCUGGUGGUGCUGGUCAGGGACAAUGGCGAGCCCGCGCUGUCUGCCAGCGUCACGCUGCACGUGCUGCUGGUGGAGGGCUUCUCGCAGCCCUACCUGCCGCUGCCCGAAGCGGCGGCCGAGCAGGCGCAGGCCGACCCGCUGACCGUGUACCUGGUGAUCGCGUUGGCGUCGGUGUCGUCGCUGUUCCUGUUCUCGGUGCUGGCGUUCGUCGCGGUGCGGCUGUGCAGGCGGAGCAGGGCGGCCUGGGCGGGUGGCUGCUCGGUGCCUGAGGGCCACCUUCCGGGCCACCUGGUGGACGUCAGCGGCACUGGGACCCUGUCCCAGAGCUACCAGUAUGAGAAGUCUUGCACAAGCCAUAGGAGACUGCUAGAAUAUCACAUCCUACAGGACUGACUUGGAGGGGAACUCUUCCCGAUAAGAAAGAACUUCAAGCAGUACAUCUGACUGUUCACUUUUCCUGGAAAGAAAGAUGGCCAAAGGUGCAGAGUAAAACUACUAAUACCAAAUGUUCUGAAUGAGUUUUGAAAAAAGACAUUAAGCCUGGUUCAAUGAACAGAGAAUCAGUGCUGAUGACCACCACCAACCUUGAAGAGAUUGGGUGGCAAGAAGAUACUAGUCCAUUGACAAGGAAGCAGUAUUUAAAUGCUGGCAUUAGAAAGGAGCUGAGAACUCUUUGGAUGGUGGAGCUCACAAGGCAGGUCCCAGAUAGUUCAAAUAUUGAAAUAAUUUACUUUGUAAAAAAGUCUCUCAGGGAAGACUUCCGGGCCAUUCCACAUGGAUCUGGAUGAGAUCAGAAAGACCAGAGAAUUACAGGCUUUGAAAAUAGGGAUUUCAAAGCUCAGGUGGUGCUCAAGUUGGAAAUGCAACCUCUGAACAGAAGGCUACUUCCUGGCCUUGAGUAAAAAAAUCUCCUGUGACUAUUUUAUGUACACAACAGUUUCCUAUAAAUAAUUAUCACUCUUCCUUAGAGCUUUGGGACAGAAGAAAAAGAACCUCCUUUUCUUCCAAGUUCAGCAACUUGAAGCUAUUUUCUUGUACAAUUAAAGAAAAUUACAGGUUUGAUAGUACAUUGCCAGAUUUGAUCUUUCUGAGAUGUCACAUAUACUUAACAACUGCCAAAGCUUGGUAUCCUAUGAAAGCUAGGACAGAGAAUGAAAUUCUAGUUACAUUUUCACUGUAGCUUGCAGACCAUCUGGCCCUGACUGUAAACCAAAUAAUGGAAUAAAUAUCAGAAAAGAUUUUUUGCCAUAAUGUCUCUGC